UGACCCUGUACCAGCCCCGGCAGCCGCCAGGUCGGCGACAAUUGCUAUCCCGAUUACCAGAGGAGCAAAAGAACCCAACAAAGAGGGAAAUAAAGUAAGAGGCGGACAGAAACACACCGGGGGGGGGGGAGAAAGUAUAAGAAAUACAAAAGUCAACACCUGGGGUUCAUUCUUCAAAUCCGUGCGGUGCAGCGGUUGUUUCUCCCGGAUUGUCCAAAAGUGUGGGGACACUGUCUGUUUUGUUAUUGAUGCGAGGACAGUCCCCCCUGAACCACCCCAGGACUGGAGCAGCUCCAGCUGACAGUGCGCAGCCGAUGACGGGGCUGUUGCUCGGUGAGUGAGUGUCAGUCUGUGCGUUGCUGCUGUGAGUGUUACACUACAUCAGAUACACUGUGACUCACUCUUACUGACAUUGUAUCCUCACUCUCUCUCUCUCUCGGUAUACUCAUCUCUUCAGGUGUACGUCUGGUGCCCGGCUGUUCACUUUCUUUUUUUUUCAAUUAUGUUAAGUUCUACGUCUUAAUUCUCUGUCUUUUCCGUUGUUGUCGGUGAGUGGUGUGUGUGUUUGUUUGUUUGGGAGGUGGGAGGGGAGCAGAGAGUGUGAGACACUGUCGUGCUUCAGUGCAGUCAGUGUGUGACAGCGAGCCAGCGGCGGAGAUGUCGGAUGACGACUCGAGGGCCAGCACCAGCUCCUCCUCGUCUUCAAGUUCCUCGCAGGCAGCUGAGAAAGAGACGAGAAACAACAACAACAACAACGACAGCAUCACCGGCACCGGCGGCGGCGGCAGCAGCAAUAACAACAACAACGGCGGCGGAGGGAGCAAGAGGAAAAGAGAAGCGAAGAACAACACCAUGAGCAAGAACCCUAAGCUGCUCACCACCAGCGCCAAGAGAAUCCAGAAGGAGCUUGCUGAUAUCACGUUGGAUCCACCACCGAACUGCAGUGCUGGACCAAAAGGCGAUAAUGUUUACGAGUGGAGGUCAACAAUUCUGGGGCCUCCAGGGUCAGUUUAUGAAGGUGGUGUGUUCUUUCUGGACAUUGUAUUUUCAGCAGAAUAUCCUUUUAAACCACCCAAGGUGACUUUCCGAACAAGAAUCUAUCAUUGCAAUAUCAACAGUCAAGGUGUGAUUUGUUUGGAUAUCCUGAAGGAUAACUGGAGCCCAGCACUGACCAUCUCCAAGGUUCUUCUGUCAAUUUGUUCUCUUCUCACAGAUUGCAAUCCUGCGGACCCUUUGGUUGGGAGCAUAGCCACACAGUAUAUGACUAACAGGGCUGAACAUGACAGAAUAGCAAGACAGUGGACCAAGAAAUACGCCACAUAAACUGAUGGUUGUCAGUCCUACCAACAUUUGUCUCCGAUGGAAAUGAGCUGCUUCUCAUUGAAUUGAAAAGGGGAAUGGGUUGGGGUGAAGGGGAGGGGAGGGGAAUGGGACAAGCAUUCCUAUUACAGGUUUUAAAUGCAACAGUCUUUUAUUUGCAUAAGUCUAGUCAGAACCCUUGAUGAGCUUUGUUAUUGUAGCUUAAACAAUAAACUAUUGAUAUCUGACAGUAGAUAGGAAAUUCACGUGGAAAAGUUUGAUGAUUAUGACAUAAUGGGUCAAUUAAGACCCAGAUUUGUUACUGAAAUAUUAAGUGAUACCUCUUUACUGGUUUAAGUUUUAGUUGUCUGUGUUCACUGUGUAUGGUCAAAAUUUGAAGAUGCUUAUAACACCAGUCAAACUUGGAAGGGUUGAAACUGUUGAAAAAUGUAGGGGAAGCCAUGCUAAAGACUUUUGGCAUUUUUUAAAAUCCAAGAAGAAUGCUGACCAGAUACAACAGCAUCGUCUUUAUUCAGGGAAUAAGGAGUGAAUUGGCAGAAUAUUUGUAAUUACAGGGAACUGGUUUUAUUUCGCAGGGAGAGUGAGGGUGAAACCCAAAAUCCUUUUAAGUAACUGUUUUGCCUUAUUUGAAUUAGGGUCUCAAUUCAGUGUGCUUUGUGGGCUAUGUACUAGGGCAGAUUUUGUUUUUACAUUAAUAUUAUACAACUUUAGGUCCUUUCUAAAAUUAUCAAACAUGUAACCUUAAAAAAAGUUGAUUGAGGGCCUUGAGCCCCUGACUUAUUUCAAAUUCUACAAUGUCUAUUUCAAAAAACAGUUGUCAGUCGUCAUUCUUUAGCCAGAUGAGAGUAUUGUAUUAAAAUAUCUUUGCUGCUUUCUUUUAAUGCAGAGUGUUCACAAAAGAAAAGAGUGCAUUUUAAUUUUGAUGUUUUGUGAAAAUUUUAGAGAAUAUUAGAACUUGAGGAUGAGCUGUUUAAGUUCUGUCAAUUAAUGUUAAGACUUCAUUGGCCCCCUUCAUAUUGCAAAUUCAAAGAAUGUUGAUCUCUACCAAAGUUGUACAGUUACUGGUCUGUAACCACUGUAAUUCCGACUGUUUAUUUGGCAAGUUAAACUAAAAUGUCAGUUUGUCAGCAACCACACAUUCUGAUUAAAAACACUGAUCAUGAAACUUUAUUUAAUGA